GGCGUGUCAUUGUCACAAAGGUCCCUAUGACGAACCCUUGUCAUGACAUAACCCCGCCGCCUGUCCAGUCCGUUCCUUCAAGGUCCGGUGGGAAGUAUAUCAUGCCAGUCUUUGUCCGCCUCUGAUCUUGUCAGUCCAUCUCUCCCGGCUCCUUUGUCCAACUGCCACGGAAACGAAUGAACACCAUCGCAGCAUCGUGAAAAGAAUAUACACGAGCCCGACUACAUCUAAUAUCUCACCGUUGUCGACAAGCGCCUAGACGUAGAGUUCACGACUCAAAGUGAAUAUAAUCAUACGAGGAUUGUGAAAAGGCAGAUUCAACUGUGAAAGGGAGAAAAAAUAAAACUCGAUAUCAAAAUGGCUUUCGGAUUCGCGCCCAUAGUCCACAUCGUGGCCGCCGUCUUCUCCAUCAUCGAGCUCGGUUUGACCGCAUACUGGGCCAGUCUCUACCACUGGGGUUACACCAAUUACUCACCGUCAUCCGUGAACUUCAUGGUCUUCAACUCCGUAUGGUCGCUCCUGGUGCUCGCCUACAUCGGGCUCGUGCCCCUCUACAUGACCUCGGUAUUCCACCGUCUCGCCGCUCUCGCGCUCAACGUCAUUACCGCCAUCUUCUGGUUCGCGGGCGCCAUCGCUGUCGCCGUCGGUUUCGGCGGGCCUUAUGAUUGCCGCGGGAACACGGGCUGCCAGGUCGCCGAGGCCGCUAUCGCGUUUGGAUUCUUCCUGUGGGCCAUUUUCACAUUCCUCGCUGUCGUCGAUGCCAUUGAGAGUCUUCGCCGCCGCGGACACCACGUCGAAACGAAGCAGCAGACGAAUGCGUACCCCGGCGCUUGAACCAAUACACCACUCGGCUUGUUGGAAGAGAGAGAAAACACCACAAUUUGUAAUAAAAAUAAUUAAUUCAACAUAUUGCACUACGAUGGGGUGAGAUGAGAUUCGUAUACUCAUCACACACUGACAUACCCACCCGAUCACUUUCCUCUGGCGUUCAGGCGAUAAUAGGAUAGGUCCCGCAGUCGGAUUUGGAAACAAUACCCCCUGACUUUCCUCAUCUUUAGCUUUCCUUACGAGUUAUGGGUUUACGUUCAAUAUAGGUGGUUAUGAAGAAGGAGAGAAGGCGAGCAAGGCGAUGUGACUGUAUUUGUAAUAGGAAGUAAUCAAAAUACAUCAAUUAAUUAAUAUCAUAUUCUAUUUAUCGUAUUUAUUAA